AUGAACGCUGCCGUCUUCGCGCACAACUUGCAGUAUUUCCUGGCCGCGGCUGUGACAUGCAACGGGCGAAUCGCAGGUCCUGGUGGUGGAACCAAGUCAUUUGAUCCCUACGAAGCCGCUCAAACAGUUUUUCCCACCCUCAUCCGUCCCCUCCAAAAGUAUAUGCGUGCGACCCGUCAGCAGUCCCGUCACCCCGUCGACUCGGUCAUCGACCACCUCGCCACCUGUCUCACCUUCGGUCUAUCGCCUCUGACUUUCCUUGAGCGUUUCAAUCCCUCGGCCUCAACCCCACAGCAGGACGCAGCGACGGCCGCCAACGCGCUGACCGUCGCCCGCAACAUCGCUCAACGUCAUCGACGACCUCUGACAAUCGCUGGUGGGAGCGGAGACGGAGAGGGCGAGUACAAACCCCCCGGCCCGCCUGUUGCACCGGGGGGACAGCAGGUGUGGAACAUUGUAGCCGAUCGCGGACUCUCGCGCGACCUCGCUGACGGGAUGGUCUUUCAACUAAAACGACAACACGGUAACUGCGAGAUCUCUCUUCUCUGCACGGUGCAUCGGCUACCUCUGCUGCAAUUACUUGAGGCUGGCGUCAAUGGCGGAUCCGGUCUGAUGGCUUGA